AUGGGUGCGCGCGAAGGGGGAGGAGAGGCGGGCGUGCCGGCUGGAGGGGGGGAAGCUGGCCUCGCGGCCGAGCCAGGCGGGGCAAACGCGUCAUGUGGGGUAAGCACGUCAAGCACGUCAAGAACGUCAAUCGAGCCAGAGGAGCCAGACGAAGACCCCCCCAACGAACAGCACACGUACGAUGUUAUCAUCAUAGGCGGAGGACUCUUCAGUUGUUGCCUAUACUACUUUCUAAAGAGAAAAAAUAGAGAUAUAAAAAUCUUGAUACUGGAAAAGGAGCAAACACUCGGAGGGUAUAUAAAAACAGAAUGGCUAGAAGAUCAAGGGAAGAAUUUCCUCUGCGAGUUGGGCCCAAAUAUUUUUAAAAUAUCUGAGGAGAGUUACCAGCUACUCAACGAAUUAAACCUGUUGUCACACGUAAGGGUCCUAAAUAGAAAGCUCCUAAGUGUCACCAAUAAAGUGAAGUUAAUUUACAAGCUCCUAUUUAAGAGGUACAAAGAAUUGAGAGCGUACGAUGAGGACAUUAGUGUCGAAGAGUACAUGAGGGAAAACUUCGAUUUGCAACACUACAACUUUUUGUUGUUACCUUUAAUUUAUGGAUCAUGUGGGGGUGUAGGGAGUAUUUCGGCUGUUUCUUUUUUUUCGCGUAAUCUCAAACUGUUCGAUAAUAAACUGAACACGUUGCGUGUGUGGCAGGAGCGCAUGGGGGGUGGAGUGUGCAGAGUGGAUAGCCUGAGCAGAGGUGAAGUUGGCUGUGAUGCUCCUCCCCCCAACGAAGAAAAGACGCCAAACCGAGAGAAACACAUCUCCGUGAGCCUACAACACUCCUGUGCGCAAAGAAUGAAUCAGAAGUACGACCUCUCCUCCUCCUUCAACAACAACGUGCUGCACACACAGGACAUGCCCAGCGGAGACACCAUGGGGGACACAGCUGAAGGGGAUACCCUAGGGGGGGACUUAAUUGGCAGGGCGAACACAAACGGGGAGGCGAGCCACGAGCACGCGAAUGGCAGUCACGAGAAUAGCAGCCCAGCGAAUGUUGAAUGCACAACUAAGCACCACGCAGGGAUGGACACCAUGAAGAGCCAGCCUGAUUUUAUGGAUACCCCCGCCGUGGAAAUGUUCCUCCACUUCGUAAAGCGAAUUUACGCAAAGUGCAAAUGCGCCAUCCUCCAGGCCAUACCGCUGCUCUAUACCCAGCUAGCCAAAAAGGGCUCCAAGGAAUAUGAACAAAAAAAAAAAAAAUCUUAGAUGUACGAAAUAAUUGACAAACUAAAAGAAAACAUAAAUAAAAAAUAUGUGUGGACGAAUGAAGAAGUAGAUUUUGUUGAAAAGUACAAAGAAGACACUUGGAUGUGUAUUACCAGGAGAAAACACUCGAACAAAACUUCCUGUGUAUAUGGGAGAAAUGUCAUCCUUACGGUGAACUCCAAGACAUGCGCCAAUAUCAUGCGCAAAAUUUUGCCUCCAGAAAUUAAGGCCAAUCUUGUAAAUGUGCAAUACUCAAGCAUCAUCAGCGUUACAGUGUACUACCAUAAGAAGGACAUAACCCUACCGCCAAACUGCUUUGGAUUUUUGUCUGCGGACAAAACGAAUCACAUUCUCGGGUGCUUCUACACGAGUAACAUGUUCAAGGAAAGGUGCAAUGACGACAGUGUUGUUGUAUUGACCCUAUACAUGGGGGGACAGAACAACCCUAAUGAUGUAUACCUGGAGGAGAAGGACAUAAUCCAAAUAGUGUCCAAAGAGCUCACAAAAAUAUUUCAUAUACAGAACAAUGUCCAACCUGUUAUCCUCAAGGUGAAGAAGUGGUUUGACUCUAUCCCCUUCUAUUCGCACAACUACGAAAGGCAUUUGAAAUGCUUCCUAAACGAGCUGCACAACCCCAAGUACCGGAACUUAUUUGUCGAUUCGGGUUGGAUUACCGGGACGUCCAUAUCUGACAGGAUUGCUUCGGCGAAGGCCUUGUCGGAGUUUAUGGCGGCCAGAGUCUUUCCG